AUGGAUGCUCCAGUUGAACCAUCACCUCGUUUUAGUCAAUUCUCUGCAGUUGACGGACACCAUUACAUGUGGAGGGGGGCUGGUCCAGGACAAGGGUCUAAUAUCAUUGCUGUGUAUGAUCCAAGCACUGAGCUGUGGAGCCUCUUGCCCACCACUGGACCUCUACCCCCUGGAGAGUAUGGUGGUUGCUCUGUUUGUGUAGGUCGUUGCCUGUACACCUUUGGUGGUACUGACGGGUCUUCUUAUGUCAAUGACAUGAGCAAGCUUGAUCUGGACACUCUCCAGUGGACCAAAGUUCAAACCUCUGGUAGUCAGCCUAUGAAAAAGCGAGGUUGUGGACUUGUCCGUGUGAAUGAGAGAACUCUGUGCUGCUUUGGAGGAAAAGGUAUUGACGGCACCACACAACCAGGAUCAACAUUCACCAAGAGUGGACGAAAUAGACGAAAUGGACAGACAAACGAGUUUCAUUUCUUUGACAUACAAACCGGUGUCUGGUCGUCCCCUGAGCUCAAAGGAGAGAGACCUCCUCCCUGUGAGGACUUCACCUUCACCAUGGUGGACCAGCACAGGGCAGUCCUCUUUGGAGGGUACGAACGUGGCCGUGGUGAGGCUAAUGAUGUCUACCUCUUUGACUUCAGGACCAUGGAGGUCACUAAGGUGAAGCCAGUACAGGGAGAGCCAUGGCCAGUGGGGAGAUCACAACUUGCUGCCUGUUGUCUCAACUAUGGCCAGGACCACCCUCAACUACUGGUGUACGGAGGAGUGGAUAAAGGCUACAAUACACUGAGGGAUAUGUGGAUACUGGAUGUAGAUAAUGGCAAGUGGACAGAGGAGGCACCUCCUGAGUCAAUGACACCACGUUACUACCACUCCAUCACUACCAGUCUGGGACCAGGACUCACUGAGGUCCUCGUGUUUGGAGGCAAGCGGGAGUGGAGGGGAGAUGUCAUUGCUGAGACCACUGUACUGAGAUUUGCUGCUAUAUCCGCUCAACUAUAA